AUGCCUUCAACUACACCCGCUGACAAUAGUUUCGUCACUCCUAGCAAGACUGUUGAUUUUUUUGGUGAAAAUCCUGAGGAAACUGACAAUACAGUUGAUGAAAAUGUUGCCGCGGCACUUCCUCCUGUGGUGCAUGACAAAUUCACCAAACCGGAGGCGUUGCUCAUCACAAAGAUUGUCUUUAACAAGGAGAAUCCGACCAAACCGAUGUUUGACGCGCUUCAGACUUUCUUUGACCACAUUUGUGUUGAGAAACCGUCUGAUCUUGAAGGACAGGAUGUGGAUGACUUACUCAGUCAUGGAGAGGAUGCCCUCCCGGAUGGCGGCCUAAUUCGCGGUGUCAUCACUGGGCGCCUCAAGAAGUUUCUCCUCUAUGCAUCUGCCCCUUCAGUGGUCAUCAAUCCCAGUCUUACCUACAAAAAGAUUGUGCAAUUUUCGAUUGACCAAGCAAAACAAAAUAUGCAUACUACUCCUAUUGAUUUGACAAAAGCGACUGGCAAACGUCAAGGCAUGAAGUUUUGCUGUCCAGAGGUCGAACCAUUCAGUGGCGAAUCUACUGUAUAUUGGCCUUGGACAUCUAAGGUUGCUUUGGAAUUUGGACAAUCUGGUAUAGAACUUGCUCUAACGGAUGCAAAGUUCCAUGAACAAUCUACUUGGCACAAGGAUGCAUCAAGUCAGGGUUUCUACGCAAUCGCAAAAGCUCUGAAUGAUGGUACCGCUAGCCAUAUUGCCGAUGAAGUGAAAGAAAAGAGGGGACAAACUGUGGCCUACGAUCUUUACCAACAAUUACUAGAGACCUACAACUCUCCGGAGGAUCAGGCCCAUUUUGUAAUGUAUGCAAUUGACGAGUUGACUUCCAUCAAGUUGACUCACGAAGUUACAGUUCCUGAUUUUAUUUCCAAUUGGAAGUCUAUUACUACAAGAUUGCGGAAAAGUAAUCAAUCACUGGCAACAAGCCGUGAGCUUCUCCGUGUUUUCCUCCUCAAGGCAAUUGUCUCUGAUACAUACAGUGACAUGAGACGUUACAUUGUGAAGUACCCGUUAGCUUCCAUUGACGAGUAUCUCAAACAAUUACGCUCCCACAGUAAAACACAAGCUCUCAUUGACGAGGACUCCCCUGUCCUAAACGACGGUGCUGUGGUGGCUCGCCGUGGAGCAACGGACAAGAGCUACAAGAAGAGGACCGGUGUCAAAUUUGAUAAGGAUUAUUCGAAAGAGUAUCCAAAAUGGCGCAUUCCUCAGUUUCCAAUCGGUUGGGACAAGAGUUUUCCGAAUGGUCUCUUCAAGAGGAUGUUGACCUGGCGUGAAACAUGCCACGGUACCAACUUACAACCCGGAAAAAUCGAUCGAGAGUUUGGCAUGAGACCAAAGUACAUUGGUGUCAAACGAAAAGAUCGUAGAGGAGCUACUAAAGAUGGUGAAGACGGUGACGAAGGUCCUUCUGACGCACAGCCAAACAAAAGUGGAAAACAAUGGCUGAUCCAGUCCUACUACAAAAAACUGCGGACGGAUCGUCGCGGAAAAACGUCUCAAGCCCACGUUACCAUUACAGAGUGGUGA